AUGCGAAUUCGAGUCACGUCGUUGUCGUUAUUCUUGAUAUUAAUUGGCUUUUGUGAUGGAAUCCGUCGCCAAUCUGUUCGAGUUGCUGGCCAGCUCAAAUGUGGUGAUAAGCCAGCAUCUGGCGUUAAAGUAAAAUUGUGGGAUGAAGAUGACGGGCCAGAUCCGGAUGACUUAUUAGACCAAAGUGAAACUGAUCGGAAUGGAAACUUUGAUCUUGAAGGUAGCACAAGUGAAUUCACAACUAUUGAUCCAGUUUUUAAAAUCUAUCAUGACUGUGAUGAUAGCUACAAACCCGGAAAACGGAAGGUUAAAUUACGCAUUCCGUCUCAGUACAUUACCUCCGGUUCCAAGGCUAAGAAAACCUUCAAUGUCGGUGUCUUGAAUUUGGAAACGAUAUUUGCAAAAGAAGAACGUGACUUGCUGAUGCAUUUUGUGGUCACUAUAGUGGUAUUCUGUUCUUCUGCUGUUAUCGCCACAAAUUUUAGACAACAAUCUGUUGCUGUGAAAGGCAAAUUGUUAUGUGGCACGGCAGCAGCCCGAAAUGUUCGAGUGAAACUUUGGGACAAAGAUUUAGGACCUGAUCCAGAUGACCUUUUACAGCAAGGUUAUACUGAUGCUCAAGGGAUGUUUUUCUUGCAAGGCGAUGCCAAAGAAUUAACUACUUUAGAUCCAGUAUUGAAGAUCUACCAUGACUGUGAUGAUACAAUGAAGCCAGGUCAACGAAAAGUCAAGCUCAAGAUUCCAAGUCAAUACAUAACUGGAGGCAGAACCGCCAAAACAGUAUUCGACUUAGGAGUACUGAAUUUGGAGACAAUAUUUCCAGUUAGUUUUUCUGAAGUUCUGAAUUUUACAAAUUUUGAACCUUUGACGCUAAUAAAAGUGUGA